UGAAGGUACAAAAAUCAUGAACAAAAACCUAUUUCUCGGAUGCUUACAGAAAGGAAGACGGUAUCCCCAUUUUCACCAUUCUUAUUUUUAUUAUUAUGCCUUCAAUUUCAAGAAAUUAACACAACUCUCUCUCUCUCUCUCUCUAUCUCUCUCAUGGUAUGUCUUCAUCUCUUUCUAUCAUCAGAAGCCCAUGUCCAUUUUUCUCCCUGAAACUUCAGGUUUGUUAUCGGCUUCAAAUUCAACUGUUUCCACUAUGAUCAAGCAGUUCCUCGCAAAGAUCCCGCGUAAAUCCGCAAAAUCCAAUACACCAGAUGCUGACGGAGGCGGUUCUUCAACUAGUGUUACAACUGAUGUGGGAAACAGUAGCUUCAUCAACACUUAUAAUGCCAUUUCGAGUCGAUUAAACUCGGUUAAACAAAUGUCUUCCUCAAUUUUUCCGGCAAGCAUAAUGUCAGGAGGGGAAAUGAUUGAUCCUCAUGUUCCGUUCAAAGACGUCCAAAGUUCAGAUAAGCUAAGACUUCUGAUCAGUAAACUAAAUCUUUGCUCUAAGUUAUAUGAUUUUCAUAAUCAAGAUCAAGAUUCCGCUGAGAAAGACAUAAAGCGUCAAACUUUAUUAGAUAUUAUCGACUUUUUUUCAUCUGAAUCGCCAAAACUUAGCGAACCCGCGAUGUUUGCGGUUUGUAAAAUGUGUGGCAACAAUCUUUUUAGAGAUUUUCCUCCAAAACGGUUUUUUUAUUCGCCUCGUGGUGAAAAAGAAGAUGAGGAACCGUCUUUUGACCCCGCAUGGUCACAUCUACAACUUGUAUACGAAAUACUUCUCAGAUUUCUAAGUCAAUCCUCUCUUGACCCGAAGAUUGUCAAACAGUAUAUCGAUCACUCGUUCAUAUUACGGUUACUUGAUCUUUUCGACAGUGAAGAUCCUCGAGAAAGAGACUGUUUGAAAUCCGUUCUACAUCGGGUUUACGGGAAAUUCAUGGUUCAUAGACCCUUUAUUCGGAUGGUCGUGAGCAACAUUAUAUAUCGCUUUGUUUUCGAAACCGAAAAACACAACGGGAUUGCGGAAUUAUUGGAGAUCUUUGGUAGUGUGAUUAGUGGUUUCGCGUUGCCGUUAAAGAACGAACACAAGCUGUUUUUACUAAGGGCUCUUGUUCCUCUACACAAACCGAAGUCUGUGGGGGUUUAUCAUCACCAGCUAACUUAUUGUGUGGUUCAGUUCGUAGAGAAAGAACCGAAACUGUCGAGCGCUGUUAUAAAGGGAUUGUUGAAAUAUUGGCCCGUUACUAGCAGUCAGAAGCAGUUGAUGUUUUUAAGUGAGUUGGAAGAGUUGCUUGAAAAGAUUCACACUGAUGAGUUUGAGAAAAUUAUGGUUCCAUUGUUUCGACGUAUAAAUUGCUGUCUUCGCAGCACCCAUUUCCAGGUGGCUGAGCAAGCACAUUUCUUAUGGAACAACGAACAUAUCCUCCAUCUUAUAAUGUGUAACCGCCACGUGAUUAUACCUCUUGUCUACUUGACGAUAGAGCAAAACUCACAAAACCAUUGGAGCCGCACCGUACUCAACCUUGCACAAAACAUGAUGAAGAUGUUGAAUGAUGUUGAUCAAGAAUUGGUGCAGUCAUGCCAAGGGCAAUCAGAGGAAGACAAGUCAAAGUCAACCGUGGUGGCCGAGAAGCGGCGGCUGACAUGGGAGCGGCUUGAAAGCAUUGCGGGUUUUCAACCUGUCGUGGGAAGUGUUCCGGUUUUGGAAGAAACCUCGGCUUGUAUUGUCUCUUGCUAGUGAACUAGUUUUGCAUUGGAUUUCUUCUUGUUUUUUUACUUAUGGGAGAAGAUCAAAGGUGGGGGCAAUGUAGUUAUUUAUGAAGUUUGAAGAUGUUAUUGUUAUUAUUAUUGUUAUUUUUUUGAUGAGAAUAUGGAGUUGUGUUUACAUGUUUUGUGUAUUUAAAUUCUAACAACCAUUUUAUUUUA